AUGUCUGCUGCAUUGGAUUUGGAACUAAUGGAGAUUGCAGCUAGAUCCUUAAAUUAUAUACGUCAAUCAAGAAUAUUGUUAAUUGCUGGGAAUAUAAGCAAUGAAGAAGAAUUCAUGACCGAUUGUUUGCCUCUACUCAAAGAUUAUUCCAUGACCAAUGUUUUGUUGCAGUUUUUACGAAAUUCAUCUGAAAUCCCAUUGGACUAUCAACAAUUGAAACCCUUCCCUGAAUUUCAUUGGCAAAAGAGGAAUUUUAAGGAAAUAGAUUUGACAUAUUAUCCACAACAUUGGCGGAAUUUGUAUGGAGCUAAUGUUACCACGUACACUGAUCAGUCCCUUCCUUCGUCCGUAACCUACUAUGAUGGGCAGGGAAAUUUGAAACUCAAUGGAAAUGUGGCCAGCUUGGUGGUACUUUUUGCGGAACAUUUUAAUGGCACUCUAAGGAUGUAUAAGCCAAUAGUCGAGAGAGGUUUCACCCAUUUCACAGUAGUUGCAGGUAUGGCCAUCAAACGUCUGAUUGACAUUGCCAUGUGUCUGCAUGUAACAGGCAUAGCUGAGCACAGUACUUGGAUUUAUGCCUCGGAUGUUUAUGAAAUAGGCAGUGCAUCGAUAAUAGUGCCAUGUUCAAGCCCCCUAUCUAUAAGAGAUAUGUUCAAAAUUCUUUUGAAUGAAUAUUUCUUUGGCAUGGUCGUAGUCUGUACGGUGCUGUUCUCAGUUUUUCAUUUCGUCAUCGACUGUUAUUUUGAUCAACACUUUAGUUACAUGGAUCUGGUUUUUAAUAAUCGUAUAAUUGGUGGAGUUUUGGGUCUAUCAUUCACUGGUCGCAAUUCACCAUGGCGUUGCUUGAAACUGAUUUAUAUUCUUCUAUUCUUUGCUGGCCUGAACAUCAAUACCCAGUUUUCGGCACGAAUGAAUACCCUCUUUACAAGUCCUCCAAGAUACAAACAAAUCGAAACUUUAGAGGAUAUACGCAACCUCAAUUUUAAAAUAAACGUUCUGAAAGGUGAUCUGGCCAUUAUGGGUGACGUUAUGUUGCCUAUUUCCCGUUCGGUGAUUAUUACCGAAGACAUUGCCGAAUAUUCCAGCAUGCGUUAUAAUUACAAUACCUCAACCGGUUACUAUGUAGCUUCGGCCCAAUGGAAGUUCUUAAAUUUGAAGCAAAAAUAUCAUAGUCGCAAAACCUACUGUACCUACGAAAAUUUGACCUUACAUAAGUUUAUACCCUGGAAUAUAUUGCUGCAACCAAAUUCUCCGUAUAAAGAACCCUUUAAUUAUGUUCUACAUCGAGCUAAUCAAGCUGGGUUGCCAGAUGCCUGGUACAACGGUGCAUUUCUUGAUUUGCUAAGAUUAAAACGUUUAUCACUGACAGAUCCAAAUCCUGAACGUGGGCCAAGUAUUAUGACCGCCAAUGACUUAGAAUGGGCUUGGCUUGUACUUGUUAUUGGUUUGAGUCUUGGUGCGGUUAUAUUCUUACUGGAAUUAUGGCAUCAUCAUCGUACUCGUUAUUCGGAUAAUAAUAAAUGCAACAUUUUCCAAAUAUGGUAA